GGGUUUAUAGAAUCCAUAACAGGUAGAGAAUCCAUGGCGCCAAGAAGAGAAAUGUAGAUCCACAGGUAGGGGAGAAUCACGAGAAAUCACUUGCGGCGCUGCUCCGCGAGGAAAUCUUUGCGAAACUGCGAUGAGGAAUCGGGAACUCGAUCGCACAGCGUCAUCGCAGCGAUCCAGGAGUGCGCUAGAAGUAGGGAUUUGCAGAGAGGAUGGAAGCUCCACAGCAAUGCGGUGGAAGGAGGGGAGAUCUCGCGGAUUUCCGUGGCAAAUUCACUGAUCUCGAUGUUCGCCAAGUGUGGGAGCUUGACGGAUGCGCGGAGGGUCUUCGAUGGGAUGGCCAGUCGCAAUGUGGUGUCCUGGACGGCCUUGAUGCUCGGCUACGCGGAGAACAGGGAAGAGAUCAAAGCUCUCGAGGCGCUGGAAAGGAUGGAACGAGAAGAAGGCUGUGCUCCAAACUCGUGGACGUUUGUGGCAGCCGCCAAGGCCUGCUCAAACUUGGCCGCUGCCGAGGAAGGCGAGAUCAUCGAUGGAAGGCUUGUGAAACUUGGAGCGCUGGUGCGAGCAAUGGGAGUCCACUUCCAGGCAGUGGAGAAGAGCUGUGACUCGGACAUCUUUGUGGCGAAUUCCAUCCUCGAUGCUUACGUGAAGUGUGGGAGCUUGGUCGAUGCCCGGAUGGUUUUCGACCGGAUGGUUUGUAGGAGCGUGGUUUCCUGGACGGCUCUGGUGCUGGGAUAUGUAGACAAUGGUGAGGAAGAGGUGGCGCUCGAGCUGGUGUCGUGCAUGGGAGUGGAAGGAUGCGAGCCGAAUGCUCGAACUCUGGUGGCGGCAGUAAAGGCUUGCGCGAGCUUGGCAGAGAAGAAGAAAGUUACCAAGGCCGAGAUCUUGGAGAGAGGAAGGGUCCUUCACUGCCAAGCCGUGGAGCUCGGAUUCGAGGACGAUAUCUACAUCGCAAACACGCUGGUGGACAUGUACGCGAAGUGUGGAAGCGUGGUGAGCGCCCAGCGGGUGUUUGACAGGAUGCCUCGACACACUUCCGUGUCGUGGAACGCUCUCAUGCUGGGCUACUCGAGAAACGGGAGACCGGAAGUUACUCUGGAGCUGUUCGAGAAGAGAAUGGCGACGCUGCGACGAGGCUGGGAAGAGCUCACUGCUGGGACGUUCGUCGCUGCUUUGAAAGCUUGCCUUUGCAUGGCGACGAAGGAGGCCGGGGUGGAAGUUUGCGGCAGGCCCGUGAAGCUGGAAAGCUUGGAGAAAGGCAUGGCUGUUCACGCGCAGGCUCGAAAGUUUGGGUGUGAUCUCGACGUCUGCGUGGGAAGCUCGCUGGUGGACUUGUAUGGAGAGUGUGGAAGCAUGGCUGACGCUUCCAGGGCCUUCGCAAGGAUGCCAGUGCACACGGUUGUUUCGUGGGACGGACUUAUGCUCGGCUACGCGCAAAACGAAGAACCAGGUGCCGCUCUGGAAGUUUUUGCGAGAAUGCUCCAACAAGGCUUGCCACCGGACUCACGAAGCUUUGUGGCGGCACUCAAGGCCUGGACUGGCCUGGCAGCGAUGGAGAACGCGAAGCAAGUAUCCGGGAAGCUUGUCAAGGCCAGGUGCUUGGGAAGAGGCAUAGCUUUGCACGAACAGGCUGAGCAAAGUGGCUUCUACUCGGACAGAUUCGUGGCCGGCACGCUCGUCGACUUGUACUCCAAGUGUGGAAGCCUGUCCCAUGCUCGCCGAGUCUUCGAGGCGAUGAUCCACUGCCGGGACGUGGUGUUCUGGAACGCUCUGAUACUCGGCUACGCGGAGAGCGAGGAGGGAGAAGUGGCUCUGGAGCUCUUCGCUCGGAUGGACUGCGCUCCAGACGUUCUUAGCUUUGCCGCGGCACUCAAAGCUUGCGGAAGCUUGGUUGCGCUGGAGAGGACAAAGCUCGUCCAUGGAGAGAUCAACCGGCGUGGGCUCUUGUCGUCGUCCGAGGAGAAGGAGGUGGUGCUUCUCACGAAUAGCUUGCUCGACGCCUACGCUAAGUGUGGAAGCAUGGAGGACGCUGGGUGUGUCUUCGCUGCCACUUCUUCAUCCACCACCAGGAACUUAGUGACUUGGAACACGCUGGUAGCCGGGCAUAGCCGCCAGGCCAACACGAGAGAGGUGCUGGAGCUCUUCCACGCGCUGCUCGACGAGGGACUCCGCCCAAACGCCGUGACUUUCGUGUGCCUGCUCAUCGCUUGCAGCCGCGGUGGCCUCGUCGAGACUGCCAGGGAUCAAGCACUACCACUGCAUCGUCGAUUCGCUGGGACGUGCCAACCGACUGGACGAGGUCGUGAAGCUCGUCGAAGCGAUGCCUUACAAGCCCAAUGCCGUGACCUGGAGCACCGUGCUGAGCGCGAGCCGGAUCUUCCGAGACGCCGAGGUUGGCAAGCUCGCGUUUGAGUCGUGGAUGAAAGCCGGCGAUGGUGACGACCAGGGAGCAGCCUACGUGCUCUUGGCCAGCCUUUACGAAUCAAAGCGUUGAGCACGUUGGUGCUGUCGAUUUCUUUGUUUCUCAUUGUACAGGAGAUGGAACCUGGCAAAUUCACCACUUUCCACGGAAAGAAUGCUUUGGCUUCGCGUUCUCUUA